AGCAACAUGGCGGUGAUUGUGAGAAACGUAGCUAGCUACAGUACCCAAAAGAUUAAGUUUAAUACAUUUCUCUAAUUAUCUUGUUUGACAUUUUUCUUUAUCAUUCUCAGCGCUUGAUUAAAAAAAAAAAAACAUACCUGCUGUAUAUAACGGCGUUGCGCCAAUGUACGUCUCGGAGACAAGCAAAUAUGAAUGAACGAAGAAAGCACUUGUCAAGUGCGAGUGGGUCAGAGGACCAUGAAGUCAAACAUUCUCAAAAUAAAUUGAAAACGAAUAGGCUAAGUAGAAGUCUAAGGCAAACGCAGCAAUCGCCAUCGUCAGAUUCGUCCUAUAACUGUCAUAAAGAUUUCAAGACUCCCAAACGACACACAAGGAUCAGACACUGUGCUUCGCAUAACGCCGAUUCACCAAGUAACGAUUCCGAUUUGCAACAGGAUAUUAUUUGGGACCCAACCUCACCGACAGCCGUCUGCAAUGGGAAAGGUGUCAAGAAGUCUUCCACCAAUGUGCGAGCUGUGGACAUUUCAGAAAUCGCAAAUCGGAUCGCUCCCAAGAACGAGAGGCCGAUAGCUCCGGAGCCGUCUCUGCUCCAGUGGAUCGGAGAUACGGCUGUUCCCUGUACGCCUGAGGUGCCGCAACCCAGAACCAGGACCAAGUCCACACGGCAGAACGAUGUGGAAGAUCUGAUGAAGCUGGCCAAGCAGUUUGACUUCAACAUGCACCAGCAGGACAAGGAGCAGGACAUGGAGCAGGUCAGGGAGGCGUACGAGGGGGGCGCAGAGGCAGACACUGACGAUCUCCGAGAACCAGGCGGCCUGGUGAGCCGCCCCCUGCCUUCCCCGAGUGAAGGUCCCGCCUCCGGUCGGACUCCGGCCUCCCAGACGCGCGGCUGUGCCAAACCGGCGACUCCAGCCCGCGGCCCUGCAGGCCACGUAACGGACGACUUCAACGCUCUCUUCGACGCGCCCACUCAGCGGAUCAGUGGCAGGCUGAGUCAGAUUUCAUCCGGCCAGUCACCGGAGGGAAGGGCCCCGGCCGUCCCGGUGUCCCGUAAAGGCGGCGUUUUCGGAAGCGCGGCGGGUUCGGGCCCCGGUAACCCGCCGUGCGUCUCUCCUGGCUCGUUCAGGAAGCCCGGAGGGGGUUCGAGAACGCCGACGUCGAGCCGCGUCGACGACGACUGGGGCGACGACGAUCUGCUGGACGACUCCAUCGUUCUGGAGAUGACCCAGAACCCCGACCUCUUCGCCACUCCAAAGCACUGCUCCACCCAGAUCGGGCCGAGUCCGAAGCAGAACGCCGUGAAUCGACAGCCCGGCGCUGGAAACGGUGCUCCAGGACGGACCCCAAAAGGCAAUAGCGCUGCGAAAGGCUUGGAUGCCCUGUAUCCAGGGAAAAAUCCAAAGUCCAAGAACAGAAACACUUUCAAACUGGAAACUAACCCUGAUUUCCACGUAAAGGAAAGCCUUUCGGGAGAGGAGCAGAACAGCGGCCGUGUUCCGGAGAGCAGUAGGCCUGGCCAGCCAGGAGGCCUUCAGAGGCCAAACGGACUCCUUCAGCCCCACAAGCCUGCGCCCCUGGAGCCUCCUAUCAAUGUGAAAACUCAAACUGUUCCCAGCGGAGGCAGGGUGACCGGCAGUCAGCGGCCGGUCGCCCAGCGAAGCUCGUCAACAACGACCAGCACUUACGUCACGCGGCCGGUCCAGGCCGGCGACCGGGUGCCUUCGGUUCACGGGACCGAGAUCGGCAAAACCGAACCCCGAAAGCCAGCGGAAGGCCCCGAGCCGGUCGACGAUCGCCCCGUGGACGCGAUGGAGGAUGACUUGGACUCUCUUUUCGCCUCCGACUCCCUGUGGGACGACGACGACGACGACCUCCUGUGCCAGGUGUGCGAGGACGUGGAGAAGCUGUCCGAGAGUCAGACCCCCGGCACGGCUGCCGCUGCGUGCCCGGCCCCACCGGACCCAGCACCGGCCCGUCCGUACGCAGCGCCGAACCCAGCACCGAACCCAUCAUACCCAGCACCGAACCCAUCAUACCCAGCUCCGAACCCAGCACCGGCCCAUCCAUACACAGCACCGAACCCAGCGCUGUACACAGCACCCAACCCACUGUACCCAGCACCGACCGGGCUGAGACCCUCGCCGCCCUCGCCGGCUGCUAAAGGGCCGGUCGCCCAGAACGUCUACGCGGGCGGCCGGGGGCAGGUGGCCCGGCCCUCCCCGUGCUCCUUCAGCCGCUCGGUCUCAGUGCCCGGGAGCGGCGCCGCCUUCCCCAAAACCGUGCUGGGGUCCCUCGUCCGGAAUAUCAGUGUUCCCGCCGCGAACUGCACCCAGGGCUCCGCCUCCUUCCCGCAGGGCAGCCUGGGUAACCGGGCCGGCCCGUACAAGUUCACGCAGCUGAAGACGCCGACGCCGGUGAGCGAGGUGGUGAGCUCUGGAAACCUCACCUCGUCCGCCGGGAACGCCGCCGGGAACGCCGCCGGGAACGCCGCCGGAAACCUCACCUCGUCCGCCAGGAACGCCGCCUGGAACGCCGCCGGGAACCUCACCUCGUCCGCCAGGAACGCCGCCGGGAACGCCACCGGAAACCUCACCUCAUCCGCCGGGAACGCCGCCGGCCCUCGCCCAUCCUCCUUCAAAAGACACCUCUCCGACCCCGUGGCCCUGACUCACAAAGUUUUUGUGCCCAAUCUCGUGCCGGUGCGGUGUUCCGAGGCGGAGAUCGAGAGGAAGAAGCAGGAAGCAAUCGCUCGCAGGCGGGUGCGGAUGCAGAUGUCCCAGAAGCACGGAGGCCCGACCUGACGGGGGGGCGGCAGAGUCCUGCUGGUCACCCCUGUGCCCCGCCCCCCCCACGCGGUGUUUGGGUGGGCGGAGUCUAAGCGCUGUACUGGACAUCCAUCAGUGACCUGACCAAGGCCCAUGGCCAGUCGCUGCUUCAGACCAUUUUAAGAUCGGCCAACGUUUUCACCCGUCUUAACCGGUUUCAAGCCGGUUUAAUAAUUUAAUUUCAUAAAAUGCUAACACGCGCAUCUCUAGUCUCUGAAACUUGACACUAAGGGAACCUUUUUUUUUAUUUAAAGAUAUAAAUGCUAUAGCCUUGUUUUGGGAGCACCAUGUUUUUCCCGUCACUAUGACUGGUGAGAUUUUCGGGGUACGUGCUGCUUGUGAAAAAUGAACAGCUUCGUAGGGGGUCAGCAGUUUCUGCUCCCCGUCUGAAGACUGGGAUUGCAGUCCCAGGGAUGGAUAAACUCACGUCUCGCAUAUAUUUGUACCAGAAGCUGACUGAAAAACGUGACGUGCCAGAGAAGCUUUUGCUGCUGCUGCUGCAGUGCACCUCAGUAUAGACGUCACACGCAAAUGUGCGAUUCCACGGUAACGGACCUUACAACUCCUGGAUAUUUGUGUGAUACAUUUCUACACAGCUGCGUAACAGAGACUGAUAUAAACUUCUAUGACCAUCCGGAGUCAAUAACCCGGUCUCUUAUGUAACCCUUUUGGACUUUUACCAUGCAGGUAUACUGCAUUUGUAGCAUCUGUUACCAUGGAAUCGCCCAAAUUCAUUAGUAAAGCAAAAUCCUUUAUUUGACGGUUUAGGGAAACUUGCGGUGAUCGCAGCCAUGCAGAGGAACUAGCUGGAAUCACUGGUCGGUGCACACGCGAUUUAUGUUUUCAGACAGACUCGUAUUUCACUGUGGUGAAUAAACACUGGGUGUGUCAUCUCCGUGUGGAGAGUGUCACCCCACAGCUGAGCUCCCCAGGAGGACGAGGUCUGUACUUUUCAAUGAAUUAAGAUCAAUAAUGCUGAUGAAUUAUUGAGAAGUUAACGUAUGAAGCUCGGAGGGUGGGUGCUCUGUUCCCUGUUCACAGAGAACAGAGCUUUUUUUCAUGUUUUGUAGUGGAUUUUAGAGUGGCCUAAUGUCGCUGUUGCAUUGAGUUGACUGAAAGUGCCUGUUAAGACUGAAUAUAUAUUUUUUUCUUCCUCUGGGAAGUCUGUGACAGUAUUAUGGGAUGCGACCUUUUCACCAGUGGGGAUACAGGUCUGAUUUGGUGUGGGUGUUCGGAGAUUUGUAAUGUCCUAGGUUGUACCAGCUAUCAAAAAAUGCAUGGAUCUAAAACUCCAGUCCUGGAGGGCUACGGUCUCUAGAGUUUUUUGGGGGUUUUUUUGUUUUGUGAUUUCCUUCCAAUCAGCAGCCAGUUAAGGCCUUGGAAACAAGGCUUUGCAGACCCUUUAGCCAAUCAGUGACUUUAAUGAAGUACUUAAGUGCAGGAGCACCUCAACCGGCAGACAGAGUGGUCCUCCAGGAUUUGGCUUCAAAUCCCUGGUCCAGUGUGAUCUUUUCAUAGAGUGUGUGUUCCUGUCCUGGUCGAGCGUGUUCAAGGUUGUAUCACCUAUCCAUAUGUUGUCUUCUUUUCUGAUCUUUUGGUAGGCGCCUACAUAAGAGCUUUAUAUAACUCAUUCAUAAGCCCUGUAGAGCACAUUCAUAAGCACUCCGUAUGAUUUUAUAUUCUAAUGUCAACAACCGCAAAUAGGCACAUUACCAUGACAUACCAAGUGAACUGACAAUUACUGACAUAAGAGCUUAUGAAUGCUUAUGUAGCUCUUAUGAAUGUGCUAUGUAGUGCUUAGGACGGAGAUGUAUAGCUCUUAUGUCGGAGCCUUCAAAUAAAGUGUUACUGUCCUUUUUUUAUGUUCUUUCUGCUUCUGAGUUUGUACAGUGGUGUCCUAGGUGGUGUAGGACCUCCGUGCCUCUGUACAUGACUUACCUCAGGACCUUCAGACCCCAGAGUCAACCCCAUCUCUCUUUUAUUCAUUCCGCAUUAAAAACUGUAAAUACCUUUCACCGGGGUGAUGUUCUUAUUACCCAGUGUUGUUGAGGGCAGGAUAUGACACAAAACCUCUAGCAUUUGAGGCUAUGUUCUUUCCAAUUACAUUGUCUUAAUUUAAUUAAAUUGAAACGCAUGAUUAAAUGGCAGGUUGUAAAAUG